UGUACAGUUCAUCAGCCACAGAUCCGGCAACUGCCAGCAAACUUGCGUACCGUUCACAACGCCAAGCUCGCAUCCGAUACCCUCCUCAAGAUCCUUCAAAAUGAGUCACCGUAAGUAUGAAGCCCCCCGCCAUGGGUCACUCGGUUUCCUUCCCCGUAAACGUGCUGCACGCCACCGUGGCAAGGUCAAGUCCUUCCCCAAGGAUGACCCCAAGAAACCCGUUCAUUUGACCGCCAUGAUGGGUUACAAGGCUGGUAUGACUCAUGUUGUCCGUGACCUCGACCGUCCUGGUUCCAAGAUGCACAAACGUGAGGUCGUGGAGGCGGUUACGAUCAUAGAAACUCCUCCUAUGAUCGUUGUUGGUGUUGUUGGCUAUGUCGAGACUCCCCGUGGCCUCCGCACUCUCACCACUGUCUGGGCAUCCCAUCUAUCAGACGAGAUCAAACGUCGCUUCUACAAGAACUGGUACCGCUCGAAGAAGAAGGCUUUCACCCGCUACGCCAAGAAGCACGCAGAGGACGGCGGCAAGUCCACUGCUCGUGAGCUUGAGCGCAUCCGCAAAUACUGCACUGUCGUCCGUGUCCUCGCCCACACCCAGAUUCGCAAGACCGGCCUCAGCCAGAAGAAGGCACACCUCAUGGAGAUCCAGGUCAACGGUGGCUCUAUCGCAGAUAAGGUCGAGUUCGCACAAGGCCUGUUUGAGAAGCCUGUGGAGGUUACUAGUCUGUUUGAGCAGGAUGAGGUGAUCGAUGUUAUUGCCGUCACGAAGGGUCAUGGUUUCGAGGGUGUUACUCACCGUUGGGGUACCAAGAAGCUUCCUCGCAAGACUCACAAAGGUCUCCGCAAGGUCGCUUGUAUCGGUGCAUGGCAUCCUUCGAAAGUCAUGUUCUCCGUUGCCCGUGCUGGUCAAAACGGUUACCACCACCGUACGGAGCUCAACAAGAAGAUUUACCGUAUCGGCUCUGGCGGUGAUGAUGCUAAUGCUUCUACGGAGUCUGACAUCACGAACAAGAAAAUCACGCCUAUGGGUGGUUUCCCCCAUUACGGUAUUGUGAAGAACGACUUCUUGAUGCUCAAGGGCUCGGUCCCUGGUACCAAGAAACGUGUCAUCACCCUCCGUAAGUCGCUCAUGGUCCACACUUCGCGUCGGGACCUCGAGAAGGUGCAGCUCAAGUUCAUCGAUACAUCAUCGAAGUUCGGCCAUGGCUCGUUCCAAACCUUCGAGGAAAAGGCUGCGUUCCAGGGAACGCUCAAGGCCAGGGAUUGAUUGCAUUUUUGACGUACUACUUAGGCAUUAUGUUUUUUUACAUCUUUUCACGACUAUCCAUGCUAUGCUCUAGUACAGCCAAAUCAAUGCGUCUGCAUGCAUGACGAUGA